AUGCAUCACUCUCGCCUCUCGCCGCACGGCUGGGCGACACUUUAUCUCUUCUUCGGCUCUUGCGCCGCCCUGGGGGCCGAGGACUGCCCCACCACGGGCAGGUCCUUGAUACAGAGUAAGGUCGCUGCACGAUGGACCCGGGACUGUGCAGAGUUGGUACGAGAUGACUGCAGCUUUCAGACGGAAGAAGGGAACAAAUUCCUCUGCCAAAUUGAGCACGGCUCCCGGCUGAUGUAUACGACUUGGAUACGACCCGGGUCUUCGGUGCUGGAAGUUGGAGCGCGGUAUGGUCAAACGACCUGCUUGCUUUCAAAGCUCCUCGAGCCAGACUCCACCGGCGCCAGGUUGCACGCGUCUGAUGCUGACCCUCAAGUCUGGGAUGUACUGGAAGGGAACCUGAACCACCAUGGCUGCCAUGCAACGGUUGUUCGCGGCCCGAUUGGGACGAGCAGCCUCAAGUUCAUGCUCCACAACUACGGCAGUCGCACCAUAAGCCUUGAUGACCCUCGACCGGGCGUGGUGGUUCCCGCGCACAGUUUGGGGUCGCUGAAUGCCACGUUUGACACUCUGGCCAUUGACUGUGAGGGCUGCUUUGGCAGCUUCCUCGAGGAGAAUCCUGAGCUGCUCGAGAUGCUGUCCAUGAUCGUCGUGGAAGUUCACGGGGAUCCUGGCCCUGAGCAAGAAGCGGUGGACAAGCUGAUCUCCCGGGGCUGGGAACUGAAACAGCGGCUCCGGCGGCAGCGCGUGCUCUGCAAAGGGCCAUGUGAGAGCCAGUGUGACCUGGUUUGGGUGGCACAGCAUGCGCACCAGUACUGGGGAGAAAAUCUCUGGUAA